GCUUAACCUUUGGACUAAUUGGUUCAUCCCAAUCCAUUUGCACUGGUAUAUAAGACUUCCAGCAACAGUGGAGAAAUUCAUCUUUCCUUUUUCAGGCAAGGGUGUCGCAUCCGAGAACUGCCAUGGGGUGGAAAAUACUUCCCAUCUGCUUGUCGCUGCUGCUCCCUGCCUUCUUGAUUCAACAAGUUUCAUCUCAAGACUUGCCAAGCUGUGCAGGGAGAUGUGGGGAAGGGUAUUCUAGAGAUGCCACCUGCAACUGUGAUUUUAACUGCCAACACUACAUGGAGUGCUGCCCUGAUUUCAAGAGAGUCUGCACUACAGAGCUCUCCUGCAAAGGCCGCUGCUUCGAGUCCUUCCAGCGAGGGAGGGAGUGUGACUGCGACUCCCAGUGUAAAGAGUUUGGCAAGUGCUGUGACGACUAUGAGAGUUUCUGUGAAGAAGAGAAAGAUAACAAGAAACCCCCCGCUAAAAAGGAACCUAAUCCAGAACCACCAGUCGUAGAUGAAGCUGGAAGUGGACAGGAUAAUGGUGAACCCAAGCUCACCCCAGCUCCUGACAAACCUACCACUCCGCCUCCCAAGACUACUACAGCAGCAAAACCUGCAAGUGCCAAACCCAGUCUUGCUCCUAAUUCUGAGACAUCCAAAGAGGCAUCUUCAGCUUCCAACACAGAGACAGUAGUGGAAACGAAGGAGACUACUGCAACAAAUAAACAGACUUCCGCCAGUAAAAAAGAGAAAACUACUUCAGCGAAAGAGAUACGGAGUGCAGAGGAUAAAGAUGCUGCACCCACAUCUCCUACACCUACCACCUCCGAGAACUCAGCUCCCACAACCACCAAGAAGCCAGUACCCACUACUACAAAGGAACCAGCUCCCACUACCACCAAGAAGCCUGUAACUACAACCAAGGAACCUACUCCUACCACUCCCCAGAAGCCUGAACCCACCCCCAAGGAACUGGCUCCCACGACCCCUAAGGAGCCUGAACCCACGACCCCCAAGGAACCGGCUCCCACCACCCCUAAGGAGCCUGAACCCACCACUCCCAAGGAACCAGCACCCACGACCCCUAAGGAGCCUGAACCCACCACCCCCAAGGAACCAGCUCCUACCACUUCUAAAGAGCCUGCAUCCACAACUCCCAAGACUCCUGCUGAAGUAACUCCUGAGUUUCCUGAAGCACCCACACCAAAGGCUCUUGAAAACAGUCCCAAGGAACCCACUGUGCCGCCAACUAAGACCCCCGAGGUAAGCAAACCUGAAAUGACUACAGCAGCUAAAGAGAAGACAACAGAAAAAGACCCACCUAAAACUACAACUGUUGCCCCUAAGACAACAAUUAAACCAGAAGAGACUACUGAGUCAGAAGCAAGUGCCACCACACAAGUAAAACCUACCACAUCACCCCAAAUUACGACUCUGAAAACUGUCGCACCCAAAGUAACUGUUCCAGCUGAAGAGACUCCAGACAAACCUGAAGAAACCACUCCUGCAUCAGAAGAUCCUGAUGCUCCUAAGACAACUCUGAAACCCCAGAAACCAACCAAAGCACCCAAGAAGCCCACCUCUACCAAAAAGCCAACCAAAGCACCUAAGAAGCCCGCCUCUACCAAAAAGCCAAAGACAAAAAAGGAGAAAAACCCAAAACCGACACCAUCUGCCCUGAAGAUGGCGCCGGCAGGGCCUGAACGGCACACCACUCCUUUAGAGGUCGCCGUGCUGCCCACCACCGCCAGCCCUAAGCACACUCCAGACUCAGAAACAGCUCGAGCAGACCCAGACCAUGAAGAUGCAGACGGAGGUGAAGAAGGAAAACCUCUCGUGAUCCCCAGGCCUCCUGUGCUCUCCCCCAUCGUGAUUCCAGGCACUGAUCACUUGGCUGGCACACUCAACCACGGCAUUAGCACCAAUCCCAUGCUCUCAGAUGAGACCAAUUUGUGCAACGGUAAGCCAGUGGACGGAUUGACGACUUUGCGCAACGGGACGUUAGUUGCAUUUCGAGGUCAUUAUUUCUGGAUGCUAAAUCCAUUCAGACCACCAUCCCCACCACGCCUUAUUACGGAAGUCUGGGGUAUUCCUUCCCCUAUUGACACUGUUUUCACUAGAUGCAACUGUGAAGGGAAAACUUUCUUCUUUAAGGAUUCUCAGUACUGGCGCUUCACUAAUGAUGUACAAGAUGCCGGGUAUCCUAAACAAAUCGUCAAGGGCUUCGGAGGGCUAACAGGGAAGAUAGUGGCGGCUCUUUCAAUUGCCAAGCACCAGGACAGGCCUGAAUCCGUGUACUUUUUCAAGAGAGGUGGCAGUGUUCAGCAGUACACUUACAAACAUGAGCCCGUGAGGAAGUGCACUGGACGGAGGCCUGCUAUAAACUACUCGGUGUACGGGCAGGCAGCGCAGGUCAGGAGGCGCCGCUUCGAGCGUGCUGUUGGACCUUUCCAGACACACACCGUCAGAGUCCAUUACUCGCUGCCCAUGAGAGUCGUUUAUCAAGACAAGGGUUUCCUCCAUAACGAAGUCAAAGUGAGCACAAUGUGGAGAGGGUUUCCAAACAUUGUUACGUCAGCAAUAACACUGCCUAACAUUAGAAAACCCGACGGCUAUGAUUACUAUGCCUUUUCUAAAGAUCAAUACUAUAACAUCGAUGUGCCAACUAGAACAGCAAGAGCGAUCACUACCCGCUCUGGGCAGACUCUCUCCAAAGCCUGGUAUAACUGUCCUUAGAUUGAUGGACAAACAAGAGUCACCAAAAUGAAAUGAAGAAAACAAUGAUCAAUUUUGACAUUGAAAUACAUUUUAUUAAUAAAGAAUGUUGAAAUGAG